AUGGACGCCGUCAAGCCCCGGGAGCCGUUGCAGCUUUCCGGAAAGUUGAGAAGAAACUGGCUACUGUUUAAGCAGAAGUUGGAACUCUACAUCACAGCGGCGUCGUCAGACAAGCCAAGGAACGAAGCUGUAAAAGCGGCAAUACUUCUCGGCACCGCAGGUGACGAUGCCUUGGACGUGCACAAGAACUUCGUGUUUGCCGAAGGGCACACGUACGUGGUAGUGUAUGACGACCACUCGAACUUCCCAGAGGUCGAAAGUGAUGAUUCUGACACGCAAGACGUGCGGCAGUUGUUAAUGACCAUGAACGGAAAGCUUGACCAGCUGUUGCCACUCCGAGAGGUAGUUGAAGGCAUUGAAGACACUCUACAAUUUCUGAGCGAACAGUACGAUGAACUGCAACAACGAACGGAGCGAAAUGAAAAUGAGAUCAAGGAUCUAAAACGCAGAACCGAAAGACUUGAGGGAAACGAGAGCGCUGUCAAUCAGCUUCACGCUGAAAUUGACCAACUUGAAUGGAGGAGCCGCCGCUUAAACCUGGAAUUUCAUGGGAUUCAACACUCUGAAAAAGAAAACCUGCUCGAAAAGCUAAACGACGUAGCCGUGCAGCUCGAACUUCCACAGCUCUCAGAAAAUGACGUUGUUUCAGUUCACCGGCUGCCGUCAAAGAAAGAAAAGAUACCGAGUAUAAUCUGUCGCUUCGCGAAACAAGCAGAUAGGGACCGCUGGUGGAAAAGCAGACAGAAGUUGCGUGCAUCGAAAGACGAUGUAUUCCUGCUUGAAAAUGUCACGAAAAGGACCCGCGAUUUGCUCUUUCAGACAAAGAUAUGGGCGAAGCGAGCAAACUACAAAUAUGUGUGGCACAGCAACGGCCGCGUUCUUGUCCGAAAAACCGACGGUGAACGCGCAGUAGUUGUUUCUACCGAGAGGGAUCUUGAUAAACUCGCUUAA